UUAUUUUCAAAAUUUGUAUUUAUUUGCAGUUAAAGGAUACUAGAAUUACCACAAAAGAACUACAACCAAACGUUUCUUUAUUAGUGGAAGUUCCAUUAUUGUUGAUAAAACUUGUGGCCAAGUCCAACAAAAAAUUUCUUUCCCCCUAUCUUUUUCAUUAAUAUGAUGACUUAUGAGCACUUACCACUACUAGUGGUACUGUUGUUCUGAAGGGAGGAAGUACUAGAGAAUUACGUCUUUAAACGUUUCUACUAAUAGGUGAAGGCUUUAUGCGUUCUACAUUUUAUCCAAGAGUUGCUUCAGGGCUCCUAUGUAUAAAUUCUUAGCGGCCAGAUAGAUUGAUCUCAGAUAGAUAGAUGGAAGUUCAACGUGCUCUAGAACAAGAGAAAACUUCAGGCAAAGAUGAUGUAGAUGCAAUUAGAACUGGAACUGUGUGGACUGCAGUUGCGCACAUUAUAUCAGCUGUAAUCGGAGCUGGUGUUCUCUCUCUAGCUUGGUGCACAGCACAAUUAGGAUGGAUUGCCGGGCCAAUCACCAUGCUUUGUUUUGCAGUUGUUACGUACAUAUCUGCAUCCCUCAUAUGUGACUGUUACAGGUCACCUGAUCCCAUAACAGGAACGCGAAAUCCCUCUUACAUCGAUGCUGUUAGAGUUAAUCUUGGCAAGAAAUGGACGUGGUUGUGUGGUUUGCUUCAGUAUGUGAGCUUCUAUGGGACUGGUAUUGCCUAUGUAAUUACGAGUGCAACAAGUAUGAGAGAAAUUCAGAGAUCAAAUUGUUACCACAAAGGAGGAAAAAUAGCUGAUUGCCAGACUGGGACAAACAUUUUCAUGCUGAUUUUUGGCAUUACUCAGAUAGUAACGUCGCAGAUACCAAAUUUUCAUAACAUGGCGUGGUUAUCUGUUGUCGCUGCAUUAAUGUCGUUCUGUUACUCUUUUAUUGGAUUGGGCCUUGGAUUUUCUAAAGUGAUUGAUAAUAGGGGUAUCAAGGGAAGCACUGUGGGAGUACCAACAAAGAGUGCUGCUCAGAAGAUAUGGUUAGUUUUCCAGGCACUUGGAGACAUUGCUUUUGCCUAUCCUUAUUCGAUUAUUCUCCUCGAGAUACAGGAUACACUAAAAUCGCCUCCACCAGAAAAUCAGACCAUGAAGAAGGCGUCAAUAAACGCGAUAGUUAUCACCACGUUCUUCUAUCUAUGCUGUAGUUGCUUCGGAUAUGCAGCCUUCGGGAACGACACACCAGGGAACCUCUUGACAGGUUUCUAUGAGCCGUUUUGGCUUGUUGACUUUGCCAAUGCCUGCAUAGUCCUUCAUCUGGUUGGAGGGUAUCAGGUAUACAGCCAGCCAGUGUUUGCAUUUGUAGAAAAAUGGGCAACUCAGAAGUACCCGGAAAACAGAUUUGUGAAUGAAUUCUACGCGAUCAAACUCCCGGUGUUGCCAGCUCUUCAGUUGAACCUUUUUCGGUUAUGUUUUCGGACUUUAUAUGUUAUUUCUACAACAGCAAUAGCUAUGGCAUUUCCAUAUUUCAAUCAGGUACUAGGUAUCUUGGGAGCCUUGAACUUUUGGCCUAUGACCAUAUAUUUCCCAGUGGAAAUGUACAUUGUGCAAAGAAAAAUAGGAGCAUGGACAAAAAAAUGGCUACUUCUUGAAGGUUUCAGUAUGAUCUGCUUGGUUGUAUCUGUACUGGGCUUGAUUGGAUCAAUUGAGGGAAUCGUUAGUGCUAAAUUAGCUUAAAUGUAAAAACUUCUCUUCUUUGACUCUCAAU